UGUGACUUUGGCGUAAUUGUAUUUUUUUUGUUGUCAUUUAGCCACAAAUCGCUGUUUAGUUAAUAAACCAUUUGGCAAAGAGAUCGGAAUCUGGCAGAGGUGUGGUUUACAUUCAUUCUUUUUUACCAUCUAGGUCGUUUGAUGGCUUGGGUAAAUGUGUAGGCAGUUGAAAGAGGCAUCAGUAGCCAUGGGAACUGUUUACUAGGAGUUUGGAGUCACCUGGGAAUUAUUCCAGCCUUUCUUACUACAAUCAAGUGUGUUACAAACGACGGUGUGGUAUCUACAAUCCACUCUCCAAGUCUUCAACAUUUCGAGAGAUUAUUUUUCAAUUUAAAGAAAGAGAAAUGAAGAACCGCUCUCCCUCUCCCCCACUGCACGUUCAUGUCCAUGAAAGCACUCCAGUCCACGUUCACGUGAAACGGACUCAGAAACCUACAUCCAAAUUACAGCAGAAAGGUGCAAAGAGCAAACUGAAAGGUGACAUAGGAAACCUACGUCGUACUGCUAAAGUGAAGACCAAGGUCCCGUGGGUUCCUCCGGGAAAGACAACUGUCCGUGAUACUAACUUCAAGUGGGAGGGUUUGACUCAUCGUCUAGAUGUCACACCUCCUCACAUGGAGAAGAUGCUUUCAGCUUUGCGUCUAAGCGAUCUCUCUACAGAUGAGGAAGACAUGUUACAUAGCAAAAUCCAUAGUUAUGAAAAGAAGAUCUAUGGUUUAAUGGACGAAAUGGACUCCUUAAGACACGAGGUGAACCUGAAGAAGAAAGGACAUUUACUGGAGAGGUACGAAGAUAAAUUGGUUGCAUCGCAUAGACUGCUAGAGGCCCAGAAAGAGAAGUUGACUGAAGUAUCCAUAGACCUGGAAGAGACUGAAGAUGAAAAUAGUCGUCUGAGAAAGAGCAUAGACCGAAUUAAAGAAGAGAAGGACUUCAACUUAUUGCAGAAACAGCAGCUUCAGGAGGAAAAGUCCCAUCUCCUCUCCAAGCUGGUGGAAGUUGAGAUGGACGCAGCUGAGGCAGCGAAGGAAGUGUCCGUAAUGCGGGAGACCAUCCAUAGGAUGCAACAUGAGAAAAGAAUGACCUCUACCGAUGUGAACCUGCUCACCCGUCAGAAGGAGAUCCUUCUUCAAAAACUGAAUACAUUUGAAGACACAAACAGGGCUUUACGUACUUUGCUGAGAGACCAGCACUGCAGGGAGGCAAAAACACAUCGGCUCCUGGAACAGAAAGAUAUCCUGCUGAAGAAGCUGUCUGAUGCAGAUGCAGAGAGAGCACAUCUUCAGGUCCGGCUUCUAGAGAAGGACAAGGAGGUAGAUGAUCUGCAACUUCAGCUGGGGACAGAAAAGGAUUUAGCGAGGACAGCAGCGGAAUUCUCCAAAUCUCUGGAAGGCACAAAAGCCCAUUUGCAAGGGCAGCUCAGAAACCGCGAAGCUGACAAUAACAGACUGUGUGUGCAACUGCGGGAGCUUGAGCGGCAUGCAGUAGAUCAGAAAGCAGAAAUGGAGCAAAUCAUCACACAAUAUAAGGAGCUGAAACAGAAGUUGGAGUCGGACAAAGAUGCUUUAAAGAAAUCGGCCAGAGCGCAGAAACAGCGUGCAGAACGCAAUGAAGAGGCGCUGCAGCUGCUCAACGCACAACUCAUGGAAAAGAAUGCAGAACUUUCUAAGUCUCUGUCCAGCUUAGACAACUGGAGGAGUCGAUAUGAUAUCCUGGCGAAAGAAAAGAACAAAAUGGAAGAGGAGAUCACCAAGUUAAGCAGUCGUGUGAGUGACCUGCUGGCAUUGAACCAGAACCGCGAGGACAAAAAACGUCAAGAUCUGGAAGACCUGAUGGACAAGUUCCACCAGCAAUCCACAGAGCACACGCUCCUGAAACUGGAACACGAAAAGCUUAAGACAAACUGGACAACUGUGGAGGAAAAGCUUCUUCUAGCUCAUAGCGAGGUACAGCAGCUGAGGAACUCAGUGAGACAGUAUGAAGGUCUUGUGGACACAUAUAAAGAACAGGCACAGAAGUCUCGUAAGGAAGCUGAUGAAUUUGGCAUGCAGGUGGAAAUGUGCAACUCAAAGAACCUCAACCUAAAAGAAGAAAUGAAUCAGGAACUGGAACAGAUGCGCCGACAUUUCCAGACGCGUUUGGCUGACCUCGAGCAACUGCCUGACGUCUUGAGGAAAACUGAAAAUAAAUUGCAGGAUUGUCAGGAUCAGCUACAGUCUUACGAAAAGAAAAACUCUGAACUCUCGUCCAUCAUCUCUCAGCUCCGUGUUGGGAUGGAGCAGCAGGGAGAUAAGAUGGAAUCCACGCGAGACCGCUAUCAGUGUUCUUUAGAAGAAAACAAGCGUUUGGCUCUAAAACUUGAGGAUCUGGAAAGGAGACUGGACGAGGCUAAUACUCAAAACCGAGAGCUUUUGCAAGUGGUGGCCAAACGAGAAGAGUCGAUCCGCCAGAACCAGCUAAGGCUGGAGGAGAAAACCUGUGAAUGUGCAGCUCUGACCCGCCAGCUGGAGGCAUCCAUCGAAGAUGCCAGGAGACAGGUGGAUCAGUCAAGGGAACAGGUCUCAUCUAAAGAAAGAGUAACCCAGUCUAAAAUCCUGGAUCUGGAGACACAGCUGAGCAGGACCAAAGCAGAACUGAACCAGAUCCGACGCAGUAAGGACGAUGUCGAGCAGCGAUUCCAGAGUCGCCUGCAAGAUUUAAAAGACCGACUGGAGCAGUCAGAGAGCACCAAUCGCAGCAUGCAGAACUAUGUUCAUUUCCUGAAAACCUCCUAUGCCAAUGUGUUUGGUGAUGCUGCUUUAUCUAGCUCCCCAAUCCGUCCACGAACUCCGCUCUAAGGAAUGAAAGGAGCUGUUUGUUUCCGAGAUGCUCAGGAAUAAAGUAACUGGAAACCAGUGACAUUUUACUACAGAAAACACAAGGCAAACAUUCUUGGUCUUCCACCUGCCUUGGUGGACCGUAGAAGAAGACCAUCUUAG